UCAAAACCAUGACUAUCGAUACUGAAUUGACAAACGGGUCCUCAGAGUCUGUGCCAUUCGUGUUCAUCGGAGGUGGAAAUAUGGCCGCUGCAAUUAUAAAAGGAUGCCAGAAUAAAGGCUUUACACCGAAAAGCAAUAUUGUAAUUGGCGUUCAAACGGAAAAAUCGGCUGAGAAAUGGAGGCAACUAGGAUAUAAAAACGUUUUCACAAACACACUGGAAAUGCUGGAAAGAUAUUCGACGGCAAUCUAUGUGAUUUGUGUGAAACCUCAAGUUUUCGAAGAAGUUGUGUCAAGCUGGCCUGUAAACUCAAGACCAGAAUUUAUUAUUUCUGUAAUGGCUGGAGUUCCAUUAAAAGUUCUCAACGCGAAGUUGCCAUUCGUUUCGGGAAACACUACCAUUGUUCGUUUGAUGCCAAAUGUAGCAAGUUCUAUUGGAGCCGGCGCCUCGACGAUGUGCUAUGAAAAGAAUGAAAAAAUUAUGAAUCAAGAUUCUCACAUCGAAUUGGCACGCGAGUUCGCCGAGUGUGUUGGAACUGUCGAACUUAUCCCAGAAAGAUGCUUUAACCCGGCAAUGGCUAUUGGAGGGAGUAGUCCUGCAUGGACAUUUAUGUACAUCGAAUCACUGGCAGAUGGAGCCGUCGCACAAGGGCUCGGACGAGCAGAGGCUAAAAGAUUAGCUGCUCAAGCAGUACUCGGAGCAGCUCAAAUGGUGCUCAAUUCGAACUCUGGAUUUGAUAUUGAAACUCAGCACUUUGGAUCCCUCAAAGAUAUGGUUUGCUCCCCUGGCGGUACAACGAUUGAAGGUGUUCGGGCACUUGAGAAGAACGGAUUCCGUUACGCUGUUAUGGAAGCUGUGGUAGCUGCCUCGACCAAGGCCGAUGAAAUGGCAAAAUCUCUGGCCAAGUGAUUAAGUUAGAUUUUGUAAUGCUUUUCACACAUAACUUGUUGUUGUUGAUAUUUAAAAAAAAAAUCUUUUUUUGAAAAAGAAAAUAAAUGCUCUAGGCGAAA